AGCGAUCAGUCGCUGUGAAAUCGAGUUGGAGUGCAAACGUCUCAAGCGGAAUCUCAAGUUGUAGCAGUUUUAGCUCCAUCGCUGGAGAAUAUACAAAGUUGAAUCAAGUUUGCCACCACGUUUGCCUCUGGCCGAAACACAUCCCGAAUCGAAUCCAAAUAUCUGUAAUUUGCAUAAGGCGUAAACCAAGACGCGCUCUGUCUCCUCUGUCAGUUGUAACCCACUUUCUAAACGACCCAACCGCCAAACAAAAAUAACAAAUAAACAAACAGAAUAAAGGAGAAUAAUACUGCGACCGAUAUUCAGCAACAACGAAACCAAUUAACAAGCAAAUAAUGCCGAGGAAAUAACACAACGUGCAAGUGAUUCAUGGGAAUUCAAGUUUUUUUCUACCAAGUGAAGUAGUGCCUUCUGUCCCCUAAAGAAAAAUCUAAAUUGUAAACGAAAUCGAAACACAGCUGAAAACGCCGCAAAAAAAAUAUAGUUGACUCAAAACGCAUUCGCGAUAACGAUACCUUUGGAACGCCUCCGACCAAUUGUGGAGGAAACCGCAGCAGCAGCAGCAACAGCAGCUUCAUCAUCUUCAUCUUUUCAGCCAGCAAAUACGGAUUGCAAACAACCCGGAUUGUACAAAUCCAAAUUAGAGGCUAAGGAAAACCACACGAAGGAGCCAAAGUUCAAGCAGAAUAUGGCCUAAGGCUGUUCGUCGACAAACGAGCAACGAGAAGCCCCCACGAUGUCGUCCUCCAUCUGUGCGCACUUCACCCAGAAUGCCUGGAAGAAGGACCUCUGCUCGAACUGCUUCAAGUCCAAGGAUGAGCACAAGGCAGCCGCCGCAGCAGCCGCCUCCAAGUCCGGUGGGAGCAGUCACAAGGCGGAGAGUCAGGUGAAGAUGGAUUAUCCCAACAAACACAAGACGCCAGCCAAGAGCAUUAUAAAGAAGGCCUUCGGCGUGAGACUGACCAGCUCCAGCUCUGGCUCCAGCUCCAGCUCGAGCAAGUCUGGGAGUUCAAAGAGCGGCAAGGUAUGCUUUCCCAAGCAGCUGCACGAGAUCAUUGGCUAUGGUGGCGAGUGGUCCGACGAUGAUGACGACGACGAUGAUCACGACUUUAUGAACCUGGGCAAUGAGCACGAUGACAUGGCCAUCACCGAGACGGAUGACGAGGAGACGGUGGAGCUGAAGAGGAUCACGCGGGCCAACACAGACUUCAAUAUGAAUAAUGGCAACCUGCUGGGUGAUGCCGAGGACAAUAUCAAAAAGUCCUUUGCCGCCUUGAAGCUGGGAGCUCCCCAGGUGGACAAGGAGGGUAAGAAGCAAACCCUCACGAUCAAUGUGAUGCCCUUUGGCCAGCCCCUAGGAAAGAGUGCUGCCUCUCCUGCGGCCAAAGGUGCGGCCACCGCCACAGCAGUCACAUCCUCUGCUGGAGCAACGCCAGCCAAGGCCAAGCCAGCCACCGUAACCACAACAGCCAUUAAAACCAGUAGCAGCAGCAGUAACAGUAGCACUAGUACGGGAACAGCCAGUGUCAUCAAGAAGGUGACCACCACUCUUACGCCCACACUGACCAUGACCAAGAGCAGCACAACCACAAGCGCAGCCAGCACAGUCGCCACAACCACAUCCUCGCGAGAUGGCAAGGACAGUCCACCCAUCGAGCGGGCCAUGGAGAAGUCGCUGCUGGACGAGAUCUCCGAGACGCUGGAGCAGAACCACAAGCAGAGUGAGACUGGAACCACCAGUGGAGUCUCUUCCGGCGGAAGCGGAGGCGUUAACAGCCACGUUUCCGGCACCAGCAACAAGAUCAAGUUCGAACUGAGUGCCCUAAGCGAUGCCCCAAAGCCAUUUCUCGACCUUAAGAAGCCCAUCGCACGGAAUGCGCCCAUCACCCGGGACCAGGCAAAACCCAAAGUGAAUGUGUGCCACAAGUACUCGGACACGGACAGCAACUGCUCAGACACGGAGAAUGGGGUGUCUGCUUACUACGAUGUGGUGGAAACGCAGCUGAGCUACGAGAACCUGCCCGAUGGCAAAUACUCAGAGCAAGUGGGUGUGGCCACCACCGCCCAGACGGACGCCUCUGGGAACUCGCAUUACUCCAGCUCGCAGUACAUCACGGAUAUGUUGCUCAGCUCGAAGACCCGUGCCGCCAGCUACAACCUGCAUGAGGGCAACUUCAUGACCAGCAAGAUCACCUCCGACGGUCUGAUCGUGACCAAGUGCAGUUCGGAUGAUGCCCUCGACUCCACGGGCAGCAGCUUCGAUGGCAGCUCCGACGAGGAGAAUGCCUACAACAUGAUCCGCAGUGAAUCGGACUCGGGCAUCGGCAUCAGUCUUGGCAGUGAGUACAAGAACGCAAGCGCGGUCAAGGGAGCGACCAAUCAGCAGCUUCUGGUGGAGAAGAAGCUCAGUGCGAGUACCAAUAACUCAGACUACGAGGACAUCCAGGUGGGAGAUCAGGCGGUGACCAAGCCGGCUGUCAAGAGCCGGGAACUCCACGGCGAACCCGAUGGCAGCGCCGAUCCGGACAACAGCCUGGAAGUGAAGCAACAGCAGCAGCAGAAGGAGCAGCCGGAGCAGCAGGUGCUGCCCGCCCUGCCCAAGUCACCGCCACCGCCGAUGAAGAUCGAUGCACGGCCUUCGUUUCUGCAUGGCCUCAAGAAACCAGAGUUACCAGUAAAGCCACUGGUGACCAACAGUAGCAACUCCAGCUCCGUUGCUGGCACUAGCUCCAACAGUCAUUCCCCGCUGAAGAGCUUCCUGGGCAAGAGACAGCCCAGUUGCGCCGAGCAGCAGUUCAUCAGCCAGCUGCAGUCGGCCAUCUCCAAGUCCAGCGAGAGUCUGCUCUUGGCCAAAGAGAGUCUAGCCGCCGACGAGGCUAAGCUGAAAAAGGGCAAGGCCCCGAAUCCGCCGCCGGAGCCGAAGCUGAGCGCUCCGCCCACGCCGGAGCGGGACUACAGUCUGGUAGUUGAGUUCGAGCAGGCGACGAAAGCGGCCGCAAAGCCAGCGGAAAAGGCCACAUCACCGAGCUCGAGUGAUGUGUCAUCCGGAGAUAAAUCAUCAACCGUUGGAGCUGCCCCAGGAAACUCUACAGGACCAGCCACAGUGACAGGAUCACCUUCUGCCAACAAUAGCAGCCUGUACACCCGAAAGCCCGCUCUGCCAGCGGCCGGAGCAGCACCUGUCAUCCGGGAGAAGGACAAACGUGAACGGGCCGUGAUCAAUCCCAAAUUCCGCAGUCUCAACACCUUCGUGAUGCAACGGGCCAAUGCAGCCAAGCAGCUGCAGCUGCAAUCCGCCAGCUCGGUGCUGAGCUUGAAGCAACCGAUGACGCCAGAGCCCACGCCCCGCAAUCAGCGUCACCUGUCCAUGUCGGAGGAGUGCCUGGCCGCAGCUGGACUCGACAAGAAGUCGUCGUCGCCCUCGGCCUCGUCGCCGCAGAAGCAAAAGUCCAAGUUCUCGAUCAAGAAGUUUCUGCGCAUGGGCAGCAACAGCGGCAGUGGCUCCAAGUCCGGAGAAUCUCUGAACAAAAAGGAGUCGAGUGUUUACACAGAGAUUUGCACCGGCACGGAGGAGGGCAGUGCCUCUGGCAAGCCCCGCCUGGUAAUUAUCCAUCCCAUUGACAUAAAUCCCACAGCCGUGGAAGUGGUGAAGGAUAUCACCAAGACCAGUGACUCUGUGUCGGCUCAGACUGUGGCCGUGGUUACAGCGAAGCCACCGGCUCCGCCGCUACGCUCCAGUGCCAGCGAGGGACAGCGUGCCCAUGAGGCCAACAAGCCGGCACGUCCUCCGCCACCCAAGAGUGCGGAGCUGCGACGUAAACAGAAGACGGAACUGACGGCCACAUUGAGUGCCAGCAGUGUGGAGUCCACAAUCCUGGCAUCGGGCAAUGGUUCCGGAUCCGUCAAGCUUAAGGCCGACAAUGUCUAUGCCAAUUUGGGUGAGAUCCGCUCCUCAAUCGCACCGCGGAAGCCGGAACGCACGGCCAGCAUGCGGGAGCGUGAGGCGCAGCUGGAGCUGGUGCGCAAGCGUGGCGUCCUCACCGACACUAUUUCCAUUUGCUCGUCAAACGGUGAGAAUGUAGGAACGGAUCAGGGCAAGGCACUGCCCAAGCCAACUGCCACCGGCUCUGGACUCCUGACAGAAUCUACUGGAAAGUCUGCAUCCACGGCCAACAGCCGGACCAGCACCUUCGAGCGAACUAUGCCGCAAAAGAAGAGCGAACCGAAGAUGUCCAUCUCCAGCAAACUGGAGAUCUUCGAGCAGCGCUCAAACUCUGGCGAUGCCACGGACACGGCCCAGCGGAGCAGCCUGAAGGAUUCAGUGCGCAAGAUUAACAGUACCAUUGAUAGUUACCUGAAGGACAAGCGCGACUAUGAGAACAUGUAUGAGUUCGUGAAGAUGGGUUCACCGCCACCGAGCACAACUAAUGGCCAAGCCACACCCACUUCUGGCUCGACCUCAACGCCUCCGCCGCCGCCGACGCGAAGCAACAUAGAUCUGGCCUCCGUGGCUGGUCAGAGAUUAACCCAAGCCACGCGGCGUACUAAUAGCCAGAACAAUAACAAUAUCUACUCGGACACGGCCUCCAUUGCCAGCUAUACGCGCAGCGAAUACGGUCCAGUGAGGAACUACGGAUUGAACAACAGUUUGGCCAAUAUUCCACGCAUCAUCUCCGCCUCUUAUGCUGGCAGCGAGGUGGGUGAGUUCGACAUCUAUGCUCCUUAUAGCUAUUACGGCAGCGAGGCGGGUGGCGAUGUGGCCACGGACAUAAACGACAGCGUCUGGGGCAUGCCACAGGGCAACAAGAACCGCAGCAAGGCCACGAAUCGUUUGCGCAUGCGCAAGGGACGCAGUGUCGUGCACAAGACCAUCGAGGAUAACUACACCGCCGUGGUGGUGGCCAAUCAUGAGGCCCUCGCCCAGGUGCUAGAUCAGCUCCAGCAAACUCCCGUGGUGCCAACAGCCCUGCGUCCGCUGGCCAACGCCAUCAACUUGCGCUACGAGGACUUCACCAUUCUGGAGGGCGCCCAGGCUUUUGUGGUGGGCAAGAAAGCCUUCCAUGCGGCACUCUGGAGCUCAUCGCCGGUGACCUUAGCCCUUUCCGCCGACUGUAAUCAGUUGGGUGGCGUGGGUGGUGAGCUGAGCCAGCUGAGCGGCGGAGUGAGCGAUGUGCUUAAUCCGGUUACCGAGUUCUGCGAUUUGGUGCCCAGCUAUCAGCUGCCUCUGAUGCCCUCUACAGAGGUAACCCUGCUGCAGGCCACCAUCUCUGUGCUGCCCAGAUUGCAACUGGAGACUCUCCAGUCGAUCGGAGCGAUACUCAAGGGCAAAUCGCAGGUGCUGGACAAGAGUAACUUCAAUUUCCGCGGCUCCAUUCCCAAUCUCAGUGGCCUGAAGGAUGGCAAUGGAGCCAGCGCUGGAAAUCUACGGAACGUGGUCUCUGUGCAGAAUCUGAGUACCCUGAAUGAGGAAUCCCCUAGCAUCACAGGCUCUGGAGAGGAUGGUUCAAGUAAUGCCAAUGCCAUGCCCGCAUUCGAUGAUGUUAUGACACGGGAGGUCGCCUUCAUAAUGCUGCAGCUGGUCAAUGGCAUGAAGAACCUACAGGCCAAGGCGAUCGAAGAGACGCCGCUCAGUCUGUCUAAUGUGGUGCUGUCCAAGGACAUGGACAAUAAGGACGCCCAGGCGCGUCUUUGCGUUCUGCAGGGCAACAACAACGAUGAUGAUGAGCCCAUGGGCACGCUGUGCAAGUGCGCCCAUUCCGCGCUGACCGACAUGCUGCCCGCCACCAAGAUCACACCCGUUCUGGCGGACAUCCUGCAGCAGGAGCGGGCCGAGUCACUAUCCAAGGCCAAGGCCGUGCUGGAGUUUGUGCUGUGGGGUCCCUCGGAUGUGGCACUUACGGGCUCUGUAAAGGAGCGGGAGCUGGCCCUGCAACGCUGGCUGGAUCUGGAGCGGGCCACCGUGUUGCAUGGUUUAGUACGAACUCGGGUGGAGUUGACCGUGUAUGACGAGUGUCAUUUGAUGUUCCUCGUCCGGUCCACGGCCAAAAUGAUGAACGAUGCGGCCAAGAUAGUGUGCAGCUACCAACAGCAGGCAACGGCCAAUGGAUCGGCCAGCCAGGAUUAGUUCCAGAUGUUCUUCUAGUUAACCCCAAAACAACAACAAGGCUAAAGGAAUUAUCUUAACCAUACUAUACUAUACGAAUACGAAACUGUCAUAGACACUUAGUCCAUAGCGUCAACGAAUGAAGCAUAUAUAAAUAUAUAUUCUCAAUCGCCCCAUUUA